GGGAAAUUACCUAUUGGAGUAUCAUUUUACCGGAGAAUGGAGUCGGUCAUCAGUCAUGAGAGGUGCUCCUACGCACCUUAGUUCACUUGACAAUGCAUUUAUGCCUAGGACUUCAGGAAAGCCUCACGUAAGCUCUUCGCAAAGAUGGCUUCAAUCGGGAGUCAGUUGAAGUACUGGAUUUUCAUUCCGAUUAGCAACUCUCCUCCGCUAAACUCCAUAGAUUUCCUAGCUAGAAGCAUACCUAUAUUCCGCGAUAAAUGAAUUUGUAAUGUGCCAAUUAUAAAUCAGUUGAAGAUUGGAAUAUAUAAAUCACUGCUCGUCUAGCACAAAAUGUAUGAUAUUCUCGGGCACGGAGCAUCAAGAUCUUUCACGUUUACGAGUUAUCGCACACAAGAUGAAUCUGUUCCGAAUCCUAAUCACGGGCUUAUCAGUAGCCUCGUCAUUGGCUUCCCAAGGACUGCCUGUCCAGUAUCCGUUCGACUCGAGCCACGCCGCGCUUAUCGGGAAAAACACAUGGCGCUACUUCCGAGCCAGGCCUUCUAAUGAGCCCAAAGGGACCGUCCUCCUUCUCCACGGAUUCCCAGAUCUUCCAUAUGGUUGGAAGUACCAAGUGCCUCUAUUCACCUCGCUUGGGUACCAAGUUAUCGUUCCUGAGAUGUUAGGUUACGGACGAACCUCUUCGCCAGCCGAAUUCGAUGCUUUCUCCUUCAAGAACGUUUCUGAUGAUCUAGCGGUGUUGCUAGACCAGAUUGUGCCCGGCGAACAAGUAAUCCUUGGCGGACACGAUUGGGGCGGUGGGUUAGUGUGGCCCUUUGCCACUCUCUAUCCCGACCUCUUCAAGGCGAUCUUCUCGAUUACGUAUCCCUAUAUCCCGCCGGUAACUGAGUACGUUGAUCUAGCCGACCAGAUCGCCGCCAAUAAGAGUUUGAACUUCAAAUAUCAGCUCCAAUUCAGAGAUCCCUCAUUUGACAGGAGGUUUCGAAACGAAACCGAGAUUCAUCAGUUCUUGUUGGCGAUGUAUUAUGGGGCAACCCCGGACGGCAAGCAGGCUUUUUCGACGAACGGCGUAGACCUUGAUCUUCUCCCCUAUGUACAACAGCCGUCUCUCCUCAAUGACACGGAGCUCGAUCAAUACGUGUCGGAAUACCAACUUCAGGGGCUUCGGGGCCCAGUUAAUUGGUAUCGCACGGCCAAGAUUAACUUCGAAGACGAGCUGCCGACCGCUAAAGCAGGUCACAAGUUCACCAUGCCAUCUCUAUUCAUCCAAGCUCUCCAAGACCCCGUGCUCAUCCCGUCGCUAUCCGUCGGCAUGGACCAGUACUUCGACAAGCUGACGAGGGCAGACGUAAACACGAGCCAUUGGGCUAUGAUUCAGGCACCAAACGACGUGAAUGCGGCCAUCCAGUCCUGGCUUGCGACCUUCAAUUGAGGGAUGCUGUGCCAUACUCAAUCAGGGUGGAUGAAGCAUCUUGCUGAAAGACAGAGGAUAAGGUUCUUAGCUAGGUUUGGAGGCACUUGUUCCAGCAUAACCUUUAACAUAUAGUACUGAAAAAUGUUAGAAACCUGUCAGGCACCAUUUUGAAUGGUAUGAACCGUAACUUCAAAUUGUGAAGCCCUAACUGAACAUUUUAUCUGAUAAUUUAUCUGAAUCUUCGCGGUGAAACUCUUGCUUAAUGUCACGUUGAACCUUGAUCCCAUUUGGCCCGAU